AUGGCCGACAACUCGUCUCACGUUGCCGUAGGCAGCAACCAGUCUCAACAGCAGCCUCAGCUCCGCCCAGAACUUCCCCAGCCCGUCCCUGAACAUCUCAACUACAGCAUCCAACGCUACGCCGACCCUGGGACCAACCUGCCGGCCACCCACCCCGACCCCUCGCUCCGUCCUCCUCCAGGCUUCUCCUCCCCCACCCCAACUGCCGCCGAGGCAGUGACCCGCGCUCAAGCCAUAAUCACCGCCGUUGACGCCGCAUUCCAGACGCAGAACGGCAGCACUUGA